AUGAAGGCUGCAUGUAUUGCAACCGGGGUAGAGAGUGGUAAGAAGGUAAUUCGGGAGCAGGUUGCUAUCGGGAAGUUUAUACCUGGCGAGCCAAGCGCCCUUCUAGAAUAUACCCAAGCCAUGCAUGUUGAAUUGAAGUCUUUCUUGGAUACUGAUUUCGCCUCCUACCUCCACCUUGGUGAGCUUGACAUGGAUGGUCUUCGCCUCUUGUGCAAUAGCCCUGAUGUUGAAGGGGAUUGCCCUGAAGGAAGUACUUUCGGGGCCGAAUCUUCUGCCCCUGCCCCAGGUAUUGGGAGUGGGAUAGUUGGUGCUAUUCUAGGCCUAGCUCCUGGGCUAGCUCAUUGGGGUGUGAUUAAUAGUUAG